AUAACAACAGUGACUUUAAUAUAUCAAUACAAAUUAUAAUGAUAAUGAUAAUAAUAAUACAAAAAGAAGAUUUAUUUAGCCAGGGUAGUUCAUUUAUUCAUUAUGUGAAUGUUCUUGUUUUGACUGUAUGAUCUGCAUCAUAAUGGAGCUUCUUUAUAGUAUUUUCAUAGCACACUCAUAUUUUUGAAAAUAAGAAAAGUAUAUAUUGUUAUUCCCAAAUAUUGUCCAAUAUGUAUCUACCCAGCUCAUCCAUUUCCUACAAUGUCUAACCUCCUCUCUCCCACCCCCUCCCCCCCAGAACCAGUUGAAGCAAGUUCAACCUUGAAUACUACAUCAGAAACAACAGAAACGCCAAGUUCAUCUAGUGCCCGAAACCCGAGUGAAAAUCAUCCAUCUAAAAAGAAAUUUCACCAAAGUAGUUUAAUGGAUUUGUUCCUCAGCCAACGAAGAGGGUCAAACCAAGGAUGCAAACCAGAUGCUCCUCAUGUUUCACUUGACAAUGACGAGGGUACAAGUGAAAGGCCCAAUGCUGAAGAAGAUGAUAAUGCUGUAUCUACUCAACCAGAUCAUGAAGAAUAUAAGCCUGGUAGUCCUGAUACUCCAUGUGUUUCACUGGAUGACGAUGACGAUGAAGCUGAAGAUGAUAAUGCUGUAUCUACUCAACCAGAUCAUGAAGAAUAUAAGCCUGGUAGUCCUGAUACUCCAUGUGUUUCACUGGAUGACGAUGACGAUGAAGCUGAAGAUGAUAAUGCUGUAUCUCAUGAAGAAAGGUCAAACAAUGAGGAAUCUCAUGUCAGGGAUACAAUUAAUGUAGGACAGGUUCCUGUACCUACAUCGGACAACAAUGCUUUCAAUCGCUUUCCAAACGAUCCAAAACAUUUUUCAGGAGUAAGCAUAACACCCAACGUAGUUAGACAGAUUCUAGAAAUGGGACCUUGCCAGCCUAACUUUGAUGCCAAUGACGAAUUUUCUUUUCCUCGGAAACAUGGUAGAGGCUUUCGCCGAGAGUGGUACUUUAGACACUUAAAGGAUGAAAAGAAGAAAGUCCCUCGAAAGUGGCUCAUAUAUUCUCCCUCGAGAGACUCCUUGUUCUGUUUAUCAUGUUGGCUCUUUGCAGACAGACACAAGAAAAAUUAUGACCCAACAUGGAGCAAAGUAAGUGGAUCCGGCUUUUCGAAUUGGAAAAAGGCAACUCUACGAAUUGAACAGCAUGAACAAUCUUCACUUCACAUGGAAGCAGAGGGUCAGCUGUCACUUACCCGACUGAGACUUGACAAAGGCAAAGCAGUUGAUGCUGAGCAAGUGAGGGCACAUGAAUGUCAGGUGCAGAAAAAUCGGAAAGUACUUUCUAGGCUAGUUGAUGUUACACUAUUUUUGGCCAAACAGAAUUUAGCUUUCCGGGGACAUCGUGAGAAUAUGAGAUCUGCUGAAACAGAACGCAACGAUGGCAACUUUUUAGAACUUGUGCGAUUAAUCAGCAAAUAUGACAGUGUAUUAGCUGCUCAUUUAUCUGAGCAAAGAAGUCAUUCAAUGUACCUCAGUCCACGAAUACAGAAUGAGCUCAUACAAUGCCUGCGGAAUUCAGUAGAAAGUGUCAUAAUGGAGGAAGUACAUGAGGCGGGAUGCUUUACCAUCAUAGCAGAUUCUGCUAUUGACAUAUCUCACACGGACUUACUUUCUGUAACCCUUCGUUACGUUACUUCUGACGGAGAUGUUGUUGAGAGAUUCAUUUGCUUUCAAGAACUACCUUCUACAAAAUCAUCCGUUCUGUUUGAGCAAAUAAACGAAUUUGCAAAGAAGCGUAACAUUUCACUCAAAGAUUGUGUUGGACAAGCCUACGACGGGGCAGCAAACAUGUCUGGUUCACUAUCUGGCCUUCAGCAAAGAAUAAAAGAAGUCAGUAACAAUGCACUCUAUGUGCACUGUUGUGCACAUAACCUCAAUCUUGUGAUAAGUAAUGCUGCAUGUGUCUCUCCAGUUGCCAAGGAUUUCUUUGGAAUCCUUGAAAAACUGUAUGUGUUUCUGACUAAUAGCCAUCCUCGUCUCGAGAAAUUCAAGGAAGCCAAAAGAAAAUUGUCAAAGGAGGUGCAAGACAUCCAGUUAAAACGACUAGUUGACACACGCUGGUCUUGCAGAAUUGAGUCUGUUCGUGCUGUCAAGGCAACAUAUCCAGCCAUUCUUGACACAUUAGAAGACAUCGAAGAAAGUGAGGGCAAACCCACGGAGGCUGCAGAAGCAAGGGGUCUCAUCAAUGCUCUUAGCAAAGUAGAUUUUCUUCUUCUGAUGAAUAUGUGGGAGGAGCUGCUUUCAACUACGGAUUCCCUGUCAAAAUACCUCCAAUCUUCAAAAAUUGACUUGAUCAGUGCUGGAGGUGUUAUCACGGCAACAUCAGAAGCAAUUGGAAAAAAUCGGACUGAGGAACACUUUGAGGAAUUGUACCGUAAAGCAAGAGUAGAAGCAGAGAAACAAGAAAUUGAUCCAGAUCUAACUACUGUACGACAAAGAAAACGGAAGGUUCUUUCAGGGGAACAAGCUGAAGAUCAGCCGAUUAAUGAUCCUGUUUCCAGAUUUCGAGUAGAAGUCUUUUACAAGGUAUAUGACUCUGUUUUGCAGCAAUUCAAAGACCGGUUUUCAGAUUUCAUGGAAACGGUCAGAGAUUUUUCUGCGUUAAUGCCAGAACAUUUCAAUGACCUCAAUGCCGAAAGAAGAGUCAAGAAGCUGGCUGAGAAGUACAAAGAUGUAGUCGACACGGAACAACUCAUGGCUGAAUACAGGACUUUCCGCCCUCUGGUUCAGAACACUGACGUGUUUGACAACAAUGAUAUCUAUGUGAAAACAAUUAAUGGAUUGUUGAAGUUCCUAAUCAAGAAUUCCCUUGAGAAUGAGUUCUGCAUCUUCAGGACAUACAUCGUUACCCCAGCGAGUAUAGAUGACACCGUCGCUGGGUGGAGUGGGGGUUUCUUGAGCUAA